AAAAGAAAAGAAAAAAGCCUGCUCACACGUCACUGAAGGUGGAUCAAAACAUGUGCCUCUACCUAUAAAGCUAGAGCGCGCGAGAUGCACAGAAGACUCACAUAAGAGAGAAUCUGGAAGUUUCACUGGAUAUCUUCGGUAUGCUUUUACACCCGUGUUGAGAUUUGCAUAAGCGCUUCUUGACACAACUUUUGGACGCGCUGCAGAAGAAGAAAUCAUCACUGGAACAACACGCACGUGGAUUCUUUGCUUUCUUUUUUUAAUUGUUGGAGAUGUUCGGGCACGAUAUCUGCCUCGUGUCCGCGUUGCUGGCGGCUGCCGGUGCUGUCUUACCGGCUCUGCUGUUGCUUGCGGUUUCGCGGCUGCUGUGGGAGAUCAGGUGGAGCAUCACCCGGGAUCGGACGUGUAAACUCCCACUGCCGCAGGGCUCCAUGGGCUGGCCGCUGGUCGGAGAAACUUUUCACUGGCUUAUCCAGGGAUCCAGCUUUCACAUCUCCAGACGCGAGAAACAUGGAAAUGUUUUUAAAACUCACCUUUUGGGCAAACCCCUUAUCCGAGUGACCGGUGCAGAAAACAUCCGUAAGAUUCUGCUGGGUGAACACACGCUAGUGUGCACGCAGUGGCCCCAGAGCACACGCAUCAUCCUGGGGCCCAACACUCUGGUAAACUCAGUUGGUGACCUGCACAAGAGGAAAAGAAAAAUCCUUGCAAAAGUGUUUAGCCGUGGAGCGCUGGAGGCCUAUCUGUCACACCUUCAAGAUGUCGUCAAGUCUGAAAUUGCGAAGUGGUGCGCCGAGACCGGGUCUGUGGAUGUCUACACCGCAGCCAAGUCCCUAACUUUCCGCAUCGCAGUGCGAGUCCUGCUCGGUCUGCGGCUGGAGGAGCAGAAAAUCACUUCUCUCUCCAAAACCUUUGAACAGCUCAUGAGCAAUCUAUUUUCUCUUCCUAUUGACACCCCCAUAAGCGGCCUGCGUAAGGGAAUCAGGGCCCGUGAGAUUCUGCAGUCUGCCAUGGAGAAGAUCAUAGAAGAGAAACUGAAAAAGCAGCCAAGCAGUGAUUAUUGUGACGCUUUUGACUAUAUGCUGAGCAGUGCAAAGGAAGAUGACUACGAGCUUACAAUGCAAGAACUCAAGGAAACCGCAGUAGAGUUAAUCUUCGCUGCUCACUCCACUACUGCCAGUGCAUCAACAUCCCUCAUCCUGCAGCUCCUGCGUCAUCCAGAUGUGAGUGAGCGCGCCAGAGCAGAGCUGGAAAGCGAGGGGUUGAUUGGUGAUGUGUACGGAUACUGCCACGCUCGUUGCCAUGGGAACGUCAUCAGUGAGGAAAGCGGUGCUGCUGAGAAGAGUACCAGUGAGUGGAGAUCAGCAAUGAAUAAAACAAUGUGUUUUGAAGCAGGGGACAAGGAAGAGGUGCAUUGUUCUCGGACCCAUGUCCCUUACCUUAGUUUGGAGAAACUGAAUCAACUUUCUUAUAUGGACUGUGUGGUCAGAGAGGUGCUUCGAUUCCUCCCACCGGUGUCUGGGGGAUACAGGACAGUUCUGCAAACAUUUGAAUUAAACGGUUAUCAGAUCCCGAAGGGCUGGAGCAUCAUGUACAGCAUCCGUGACACGCAUGAGACAGCAGAAGCGUAUCAGAACCCAGAGCUCUUCGACCCGGACCGGUUCUGCACGGAUCGAAACGAGAGCAAAUCCGACCGCUUCAGUUACGUCCCUUUCGGAGGCGGUGUGAGGAGGUGCAUCGGCCGAGAGCUAGCUUUGAUGGUGCUGAAAACUCUUGCAGUGGAGUUGCUCGCCACAGUGGAUUGCACUUUGGCGACAGAAACAUAUCCAAGGAUGCAGACGGUGCCAAUCGUGCAUCCUGUCAAUGGAUUGCACGUGUUUUUUAACUACAGAACCCACGGAGUUGAGAGAAACCAGAGGGAGUCCACACAUAUAUAAACAACAA